AUGCAUCGGUCCUUGGCUGCGAGGUCAUUGUUCGCUGUGGCAACGGUGGCCUUCCGGGUCGCCAGCGCCCACAACAUUGUGCUGCCCGCCCACGGUAUUGAGUGCUUCCACGAGAGCCUGCAUCGCGACGACAAAAUGACAGUCACCUUCCAGACUGGUGAUCGGGAAUUCGGCAGCGCCGGCAACCUCGACAUUGACUUUUGGAUUUUAAACCCCAGCGGCAGCUACGAGGUCAACGAAAAGUCCGUCUCUGCCGGCGACCACUCCUUCACUGCUCACCACGACGGCAAAUACACAUACUGCUUCGGUAAUCAGCAUUGGGGAGCCAACACCAAAGAAGUUUCCUUCAACGUACACGGGGUCGUCUAUGUCAGCGAAUCCGAAAUGCCCUCUGACCCUAUCGAGGCCGAAGUCCGUAAAUUGGCCGAGCUCCUUGCCCAAGUGAAGGACGAGCAGGAAUACAUUGUCAUGCGAGAGCGCACCCACCGCAACACCGCCGAGAGCACCAACGCCCGUGUCAAGUGGUGGAACCUGUUCGUCAUGGGAGUCGUCCUCGGCGAGUCUCUUUUCCAGGUCUGGUGGCUGCGCCGCUUCUUCGAGGUCAAGCGUGUCGUAUAG